AUGGUUAGUAUGCGCCUUCACCGUUUGACAACUCUGCUUGUUGCCAACCAUCGUCAAUUGGCAUCACAGGCCAACUUUAAUCUCUACAAAAUUGGAUUAAACAGUAUCCGUGCAUCGUCAUCAUGCUGUAAUCACAAUUCCAAGUCAUUUCAACAUCAGCCGAAGUCUCAGAAGUUUAUUCAGAAUGCCAGGACCUUCUCUGCUUCAUUGCUUCAACCAGAAGUCGCUGCAUUGUACACUCACGAAGAAGCCAGAUUCAGGAGCAUUGAAGAGGAUCGCGUACUGGCCCAGCCAAUUCCCUCAACACAAAGAGCUGCUGUAUUCUAUGAGUUUGGAGGACAAUAUAGAUUGGAAGAGAUUCCGAUUCCAGAAAUUGGACCAGAUGAUGUUUUAGUGAAGGUUAUCUACUCUGGAGUUUGUCAUACUGACUUGCACGUUUGGUUGGGAGACUUUCCUUUGGAAGCGAAGGAAAUGCCAAUUGUUGGAGGUCACGAAGGAGCUGGAAUCGUGGUCAAAGUCGGGUCAAACGUCACCAACUUUAAGGUCGGAGACAGAGCUGGAAUCAAGGUGAGGUAUCUUUCUUAUUCAACAUUUUCUGAUUAUUGAUAGCUUUUUUAUGUUUACAAUUCUAUGUAGUCACAUGUGAAUAUUAUAUUGUUGGUUUCAGUGGGUCAAUGGUUCGUGUUUGACCUGUGAACAAUGUAAACAAGGAAAUGAGCCCAACUGUAACGACGUUGUGUUAAGCGGCUUCCACCGUGACGGAUCCUUUCAACAGUACGCUGCUGUCAAAGCUACAGAAGCUGCAAAGAUCCACGACGGAAUCGAUCUAGUCAACGUGUCUCCAAUCUUGUGUGCUGGAGUUACCGUAUACAAAGCCAUCAAAGAGUCCAACGUUAAAGCGGGUCAGACUCUAGCGAUUACUGGAGCUGGCGGAGGAUUGGGAUCGUUGUGUAUACAGUAUGCCAAAGCCAUGGGGUUACAAGUACUGGCCAUCGACGUGGGAGAGAAGGAAGACCAUUGUCGCCAUUUUGGAGCUGACAUGUUUAUUGACCCAUUUGACACUCCCAACCUUGUAUCAGACAUUCAGAUGAUGACAGAAGGCGGACCACAUGGUGUAAUCAACAUCGCUACGGCAGUUAAGCCAAUGGAGGACUCUACUCACUAUGUUCGUACUCGUGGAACGGUAGUACUAGUAGCACUACCUAGAGAAGCCAAAGUGCCAGUCGAUGUGUUUUGGACAGUGGUACGAGCGAUCACGGUAAAAGGAAGUUACGUAGGAAGUAGACAAGACACAGACGAAGCUCUUAAGUUCUUACAACGAGGCCUGGUCAACAUACCAGUACAAGUGUUACCAUUGGAAGAGCUGAGUAACGUGUUUGAGAAGAUGCACUCCAACAAAAUUACUGGAAGAGUAGUACUCGAUCUGUGGAAGUAG